AAUUAUUUGCCUGGUUAUCAACAAUACUUGUAAUGUUUAACAAAGAAGUACAAUGUCCUAUGAAGCCCAUAAACUCUUUUCUUCUCAAAACGAUAUUUAAAAUUGGACAAGUAGAUCUUUCUACACAUUCUAAUGAAUGUUUUGGAUUUACACCAGAAACUUCAGAAAAAAUUGGUGAGCAAUUAGGAGUUGCGAUUUGGAAGUCUCAAUCCCUUAUACGUCAAAACAAAUCCAAACUUGAAUCACCAUCAACAUUAGAAGAAUAUCAUAGUGGAUUUCCAUCUUUUUUAAUAUCUUUUUUUACAUCAUUGAUUAUUACUUUACAUAUGAAAAAAUAUAAAGCUAAUAAUUACAAAAGAGCAAGUCGCAAUUUACCAAUUCCAGAUUUUGAUAAAUCUCAUGCUACAAAGAUUUCAAUCUUUCUUACCUCUAUGAUU